AUGUGGCUAUUAGACAAUACGUUAACCCCAGAUGUUAAUAAAACUGAAUAUAUGUUAAUUGGAUCAAGACAAAAGCAGUCCCAAAUAAAUACUGAACCAAUUCUAUCAUUAGGAUCUGAAAGCAUCAAACGUGUUUCAUCUACCAAAAUUCUUGGCGUUACAGUAGAUGAAUGUAUCACUUGGAAAGACCACAUUUAUAAGGUAGCAAAAAAAGACUCGAAAGGGAUGGGAAUACUGAGACGAUCUAAAGACUUACUUGACAAAGAUACUCUUAAAACUAUUUAUAGCGCUUUUGUUUUACCGCAUUUUGACUAUUGUGCGUUGGUAUGGGAUAAUUGUUCCAAAACCUUGCAAAUCAAACUACAAAAGCUACGAAAUAAAGCAGGUAGGAUAAUCACAGGUGAUUGCUACAAAACACCCUCUGAUGCUGUCAGAACCAAACUCGGUUGGGACACCUUACAGGAAAGGAGAGAGAAACAAUUAGAAACUUUAAUGAUACAAAUAAUGAAAGGAAAUUCAAUUAUUAUCUCCAGAAGUUUUUUACUAUCUCUUCUAGUCAAACGUAUCAAUUAAGAAGUAACAGCCACGUUCUCUACUUGCCUAAACCCAACACCAACGCUCUAAAGCAUAGCUUUAGUUACAAAGGUGUUGCACCUUGGAACGAUAUUGAAAUUCCUAGAAAGAAUUGAAAUGUAUAAAUUUUAUAUAGAUUACUUUUUUAACAUUUUUAACAUUAUACCUUUAAAUUGUGUACAUAUUUCCUAUUUUAGUCCUAUUUUAAAUACACGCCCUGAAAAUCGACCUUUUAUUUUAUCAAAAAAUUUGUUAUAACUUUUAGAUACUUUCAGGGUUAUGGUUGAGAGGUUACCGUGUUUAAAUAUUUGUAAAUAAUAAUAAUAGUAAUAAUAGCAAUAAUAAUAGUAAUAAUAAUAAUAAUAAUAAUAAUAAUUUUUUUUAAACCUUUACAAAUCAAUUACAUAGCCUGACCCAUAUAUAGUCAUACAUUUAUGAGUCCAGACCAAAUUUUACCUAACUACACUUAAUAAAUAAGACAACAGUUCUCUGAAUAAAGCAGGUCCGUUAUCAACACUGUCACACAUUAGUAGCUAAUAGAAGUUGAGCUUUUCAGGGCAAGACCAGUUCUUAUUUCUCUUACAAAAUAUGUAGAAAGUGGCACGAAGUGCAACCUCCAUACAUUUUGUUAUGAUACGAUCGUCUUGCAAAUGUAACAACCUACAUAGCCUACGAAAUUGGCCUAUACUCUUCGUGACGAAGCCUAGAGUAGUGACUUCCAAAGUUAUAACUUUAAAUCUAUCACACGGUACGAGUAACUGUGAUCGCAAUACCCGAUAUUUUUCUUGUUUACGUCGUCUUGCAAUCAUGCAGUUCGUUUCAUAUGGGACAGUCAAUUCAAUCACAUACAAAUCUCUUUUAUAACGAAUCGUAAUAUCUGGCCUUAACGCUUGAAACAGAUUGGACGUACAUUUCAAGCCAGAGUCUGGACAAUCGGCAAAAAUCUUCAGGUCUUCCGACAUCACUCUCCUUAAGGUUACAGGAUACCCUAGAACGUAAGAAUUUUGAUUUUUUUUUUCUUUACAUGUUCUUGUUGCUUUUGAGCAUACCUGUCGUCUGGAAAAAAAUGUAAAUCAGUAUCUUUAAAAUUAAACAGGUUAUUUAGUAAAACGCGAUUGAAGUCUAUAUGUUUGGCGGGAAAUGUGUUUGACAGAAAAUCGACACCUUGUGCAAUUCAAUUAGUGUAUAUGUCAUCUCGUAUUCCGUUAUCAGAACAUGCGGUUGUAGACGCACAUUUCUCUUGCACUGAAAUCUUUGCUGAAAAAAUGCCGCGAAUAAAAGCUGAUUCUGGCAAAAGCAAUAAAACCCCUUUUUGCGGCCGUCGGAAGAAACUCAAACCCAAGACCGACAAUUUGUUCACAGAGGAGAGAAAGAAAUCACUGGCAGAAAGUGACCCUGAAACCAUUCUGUAG